UCGAUUACCCAGUGCAUUGCACGUGCGCUUGUUUUUUGAAAGAAAUAAACAAUAUAAUUAAUAAACCAAUUGACAGAAACUGAGCGAAAAUGGGCGAGUUCAUAGCUGAGAUGCAGGAGCGCCUGCUGCCGGAGUACGAGCAGAUGAAGAACUAUAACGUAUUCACGGCGGAUCAAGUCAGAGAAAUCGUUACCCGGCGUGAACGGCUGUUCCUGAAGAUCAACAAGAGCCAACAGACCAUCAGCGACUAUCUGGAGUUCAUACUGUACGAGAAGCAGAUGAGCCAGACCAUCACGGAGAAGGAGAAGAAGAUGCACGUGAAGCUGACCGGCUUGAAGGCUUCGAUAGCCACGCGGAUCAUGCGGCUGUACAGGGAGGCUCUGGGCAAGUUCAAUCACGACCGGCGGCUGUGGAGCAACUGGAUCAAGUUCAGCAAGAAGUCCAAUCCCGUCGAGGUGGCGGGCAUCUACGAAAAGAUGCUGCUGUACCAUGGCGACUUACCGGACUUUUGGGUGGACGCCGCCUUGUGGUUGUACGAGUACAAUCGCCUCAACAUCGACCGUGUCAAGGAUAUCCUGUUGCGCGGCCUCCAGCGACAUCCGGAUUCAGAGGUCCUCAACAAAUGCUUCUUCGAUAUCAUGCUAAAGGAGGCAUCUCUGGCCAGCGAUGAGCGCAAUUUGGCGGAGAACACGCUCUCCGAACAGGACAUCAAACUGGAACGCGUCGAGGCAGUCUACCGCAAUAGCAUGGCCAACAUCACACAUCUGGACUAUUUCGUAAAGCUCCUGGAGAGCUGUGAGGAUCAUCAGGAGCUGACGGGCAAGCUGCAGCGCAUGAUAAUCGACGAUAUGCAGGAGAAGUUCCCCAGGGAGCCGGGUCUGUGGGACCUUCUUGCCCAGCGGGAAUUGCGCGGCUUCCACCUGGGCGACUUGGAGGAGGAGGAGCUGGACACCAGCGACGAGGAACCGGCCAGCAAAAAACCCCGCUCUGUCAAUGCCCGCUCUCUCAAGCGACGCAUUCAGCUCUGCGUCACGGUUUACAAAUCGGCGGUGGAGGAGCUGCAAACGCCGGAGAUGUGGAACCUUUACUUGGAUGCCAUGUUGGCCCUUAACAGCGAUGCAAACACAGAGCGUAUCCUCAAGCAGCAGUGCCUGGCGGAUGCUCUCCAGGCGGGCCAUCGUUCGCAGUUGAUGGGGGUGAAACACUAUGCCACGCUGAGGAAAAUGCUCUGCACUGCUCCCGGUGGAAGGGAGGCAGCCGUCACCAUUCUCACGGAGGCCCUCAAGGCCGACUCCUCCGUGGAGAUGCACGAACUGCUGCUGGCCACGCACAUCCAAAGCGACAGUGAGCCCCUAAUCUAUGAGCUAUUCAACAAGAUCCACAAGAGCAUGGGUAGUGAGGCGCUGCCGUUGUGGCGCAGUGUUAUUCUGUAUUAUCGCACCCGGCAGGACAGCUUGGGCGUCCGGCGGCUGGACGAGAUCUACGGCCUCGCCUGCAAGUCGGCGUGGCCAGAGUUUGGCGAGCUGCGUUCCGAUUAUCUGCGCUAUCUGUGGCAGGAGCGAUCCGUGGAGGAGGCACGCAAGGAGUACGCCAAACUGGCCAUCCUGCCGCCCAUGUCGCUGGCUCUGCAUCGCCAAAUGGUCCAGCUGGAGUCCAGCGUUGCGGUUCACGACCAGGCCAGCCUCAAGUACUGGCGGAUGUGCUACGACUUCAUGGCCUGCUAUUUUGGCAAGACAGAGCCACGCGUUUGGGUGGAGUACCUAGCCUUUGAGCGCGACCACGGCGAGACGAAGAACAUCUCCCUGCUUGCCCAGCGCGCCCUCAACACUUUGGAGCCCCAAUACGUCGCCGCCUUCGAAGCGGAGCGGACUCUUUCCUACGUUGGCGCUGCUAUAGUUGGUUAACAGCUGUUCUAGUUUAUUUCUUGUUUUCUUUUUUUACUUACUUCCUAAGUCAAUCUAUAGUUGAUAGAUUCUAUUAUAAGAAUUAAAAAAAAUUUGUUGUAAACUAUUUAGUUGUGAAUAUAGAAUUUUUAAGAUGAUAAAAGCACUUAAAUUUUA